UUUCUAUUUCCAGUCAUGAUUCAGGAUUUGUCUCUCUAAUUAGUAACUUGCAUUACCGGUGUCCGGUGUACGCUUCAACCGCCUAUGUCGGCGGUCAGGCGUAGAUAUGUUACCUUUAAUGAAUAUCGAUGUCUACAGUAUGAGGUUGAUUUAUCCAUUCUUGAUUCUUAUGUAUUUUCUGCCAUAUCUCUCCUUGUACGCGGUACGAUUAAAAGUUAUUAUUCUGGGACGCCCCCUGUUUCCACAUAUUGAAAAUUUAUGGGAUAUGGAAGAGCGCUGUCUGCGACUUCUUUUCUGGGUCGCUAAUUUGUCGCUGACGGGGGCUAAAUUUUUUUCGUCGGAUUCCCAAACUCAGUCGACCGGGUUUUUAAAGUUGGAACUGGAACGUGAGAUAAAGAGACAUAGGUGCAAGUAAACUUGCCGAGUGACAUUCGAUCCUGGGACAUCAUACUCACCAGUCAUCACAGAUUCACAAGCAGAAUCGCGCAAUGCUGAUCUACGGCGACGACGGACACCGGGUCCACGCGUGGAACGCCGUGGACGUUCUCCUUGACGGCCAACUGCAGCACGGUGACGUGAUCAACGUGGCGCCGGGCGGUCUCAUCAUCGAUUUCCAGUGUGCUGCUCGGCGCGCGGAGUUCGUCGCGUACGGCCGCAUCUUCCACUGUGACGACAAGAGCUUCAAGGCAGCGACACAGGAUUCGCAGGUGCUGCUGCGCCGUCACCCGGACGGCGCGUGGAUCUGGUAUCCAGGCAUGUUCCUCUGGCUACCGCUGACCUUCGAGUAUGAAGAGGCGCAUUACGUGGAGGUGCAGCGGCCGUCGGGCGCCGUCCAGGAGCUGGUCCCCUUGCGGCAAGUCCGCGCACCGCCCUCGGACGCUGCGCUGGAGGAGCGGUGCGUGAAAGACGGGGAUUUCGUCAUCCGCUGUUAUGCGCUGCCCGCGGAAUACGGGGUCGAGUGGACUCCGCUGUUGGAUGUCAUCUUCAAGUAUGGACUGCAGCAACUGCACAGGGUGCGCAGCACGUCCCUCGUCAACCAAACGCUCGUCUAUUUGCAACGUCGGGAUCAGACUCCCUUGAGCGCUGAGCAAGUGGAAAAGCUUUACACCGUGUCCAAGAAAUUGGAGAAUGACGAGAUCGCAUCGCAGGCGCAGCGCACUAUUAGUCCCGCGCCAGUGAGCGCCUCCCAAGAUAAAUCACCGACAUCAGACAAUAAUGGAUGCGGGCUGUCCUUGCCCCCUGAGCUGCUGGUGGAGAUCUUCCAGGCGCUGGACUCAAUCGAACGCGUGCGCUGCCAGCGUGUAUGUGCACUGUGGCACACGCUGCUCACCACCGUAUCCCACUUCCCCGGGGUGCGAGUAUCCGGCAAGGAAACCGACUACGGACCGGCACUGUAUUUUUCCCAUGACCGCCUGUACUGGAUCGUGGCGUGUUUCCUCAAAUGCUUGAGCCCCGCCACCCGGCGGGUGGUUGUCACCCAGCUGGAAUCGCUGCAGUGCAGCCAAGUGGCCACGUUAAUCAAGCACGUGGUGAAGACGCAUCCCAUCUCGCUAUUGAUGUUUGUGAACUGCAGUUUAGGCGAUGCGAAGUUCCUGAUCAAGGACAUCGUGGACGGUGUGGCGCGGAUACUGGCGCGGUGCUCCGGUUGCGGCAGUGUGGUGGUGAGGAACUGCAGUCUGCAUGAUCACAACCUGCAGGCCGCGGUGGCCUACCAUGUCUUCCGGGAGCGGGCGUUGGCGUCGAUGAAACUGCAGCUGUGGGAUCUCUUCGAGAAGAAUUUGAUCCUGACCAAGCCGGUCGAUCGACCGGCCCUAGCCGCGUGGAUUGCCGACUGCAUCGCGCAGCAACGCAUGGACGAACUGCGAUUUCAAAUUGUGAAGGGCCUGAUUCUGUACCAGAGCGUGGAUCCCCGCCCCUCCACCGCCUACCGCACGCGGAACUGGACCACGUCGACUCUCGCCGAGGUGGAUGUCAACCAGCUGACCACACUGACGGCGGCGGCGUUGAGCGAAGGCGUGGAUCCGAUUCCCGACUUUAGACUGCGAGAAAUCAAGCUAGAAGACAUCCGGGAUAAUAAGCACGAUCCGGAUUUUUACUUGAGACCGACGCCGUACACUGCGCGUCGCGGAAACGCUUUAUAAGCGUCAUUGGAAUUUAUCUACCGACAGUGGUUUGAAGGGAUGAUACAGCCGAUCCGCUGCUCGAAAUUAUUGUCACGGUGUCAGUUAGAACCACCAGUGAUGCCAGCUUACUUAAUUAUAGAAGUUUUCCUGUUUAUGGACUAGUAUGGAGUGAUUGUUGGGCUGGAGCGUUAGCACCCUCUGAUAUUCCGUUUUCUGUCUUCAGUUUUUUUAAUUUCUUAUCAUUUGUUUUCUUUACUGGAAUAAACCAAAC